AAAAUGGCCGACUCGCGGUGUGGCUACAGUUUCCUUCUGCUCGAAGCACAUUUUUAAGAAAAAGGCGCCUCCUCCGUUCGACCAUGCGCCGUUGCAUUUAAACAACAGAGACAACACCAUGUUUAAAAAGGCGAAACGCGCUAACUUUCGGCGGCGGAAUGAGUCCGACGAGGACGACCAGGAGGAGGGUCGGCAGCCCGCUGCGGCGCCGACACCGCCCGGGCCCGUCGCGGAGGAAAUCCCGUUCAUGGAGACCGCAAGCGUCGGCUGCGCGGACACCUUCCAGAGCAACGGGGUUCAGGCCACCUUGUACGGCGGAAGACCUGUCAAGAAGGAGAAGAAAGCCAAGGACAUUGCUGUCGUUCCAGCCCCGGUGGCGGCGCCCACGAAAGCCAUUUUGCUGAGUUUCGACGAUGAUGACGAAGGAUCCGAAGUGUUCCGAGUGAAGAAGUCCAAUCACAGCAAGAAGAUCGUCAAGCAGCUGAAGAAAGAAUACAAAGAUGACCUGGAGAAGUCUGGAGUCAAGUAUGAAUUCAGAUCAGAUGCAACAACUCAGCUUUUGGGUUCCAUCAAAGAAGAAGUGACCAGCAGAGCGGGUAGUGAACACGGGGAGGAAGAAAUGGAGGUGGACAGUACCGAGGAGCAUGAGGAAGAGGCAAAGAGUCAAGCUGGCCAGGCACAAGCGCAAGUCACCAAGAACAACAACAUGGGAUCAUCGUUCAACACGCCUUCCUCUCUCGGCAGCCUGAGACCAGGGGAGAUCCCCGAUGCGGCAUUCAUCCAUGCCGCCAGAAAGCGCAGGCAACAGGUUAGAGAGCUGGGGGGUGACGCCCCUCUUGUAGAGACAGAGACUCCAAAGAAACGCAUGGUGAGGGAAGAAGACCAAGAUGCCAGUGACGACGAAGACGAGGACGAGAAGAGGAUCAACUUCAGCGGAGUCAAGAACAAAAGCCAGAGACAAAAGAUUGCUGAGGAGAUAGGUAUUGAGGGCAGUGAUGACGAGGCACUGGAUACAGGUCAGGAUCAGGAUGAGGAGGUGAGACGUUGGGAGCAGGAGCAGAUUAGGAAAGGAACCAGCCUACCCCAGGUCCUAAGCCAGCCAGAGGACAACACGGCCUACUACCAGAACAGCUACGAGAGCCAGCCGUACGCCUCCGCCUACAACAUGGCGUUCACCUACAGCACCGUGACCCCACAGGCCGCCAAGCUAACCGGCCGAGCCGACAAUUGCUCCGUUCACUACGGGAUGCCCGUUAGUGCCCUAACACCGGUAUCCAUUGAUCUGGUUAAGAAACGCCUGCAGGAUAGGCUCAACCUAAUGCGCGCAGGCCACAACGCAAACGCCAGCCGCGACAAACAGAUCGACGAAGACCUCGCUGCCUCCGAGAGCGCCAUUCGGCAGCUGGAGGGCUCGUCCAAUGACAAUGCGGAUCAAUAUAAAUUCUUGCAAGAGAUGCGAGGGUAUGUUGGAGACUUGCUUGAGUGUUUCAGUGAAAAGGUGCCUGCUGUCCUGGAGCUGGAGGCUGCCAUGCACCAGUUACUAAGACAACGUGCCUCACGACUUGUCCAGAGAAGACAGGAUGAUAUUAAAGAUGAAUCGGCGGAGUUUGCAAGCCUUUCAAGUAAAGCUGCCAUGGCUGCCAGCCUGGACUCGUUUGGUCGUGACCGCGCAGCUUACCAAGAGAACAGUCGCCAGAGGAGGAUAGCGGAAAGAGAAGCUCGACGAACUCGCCGGCGACAAGCUCGAGAGCAGAAUGGAAAGCGGGCUGAGCAUAAAGAAGGCUUGUCAUCGGAUGAUGAGGAGACCUCGACCGACAUCACCAGCUUCGACACGGAGAGAGAUCGCAUCAUCAGGGAGGGCAAGAAAGUGUUUGAGGACGUGGUGGAGGACUUUCACUCUCUUGACUGCAUCAAAUCCCAUUUUGAAGUGUGGAGGAAGGAAUACGCCGACUGCUACCGAGACGCUUACAUCGCCCUCUGUCUGCCCAAACUCUUCAACCCGCUAGUCCGCCUGCAGCUGGUCACAUGGAACCCGCUUGAGAAUCAGUGUGCAAAUUUCGAGUACAUGCUCUGGUUUGAGUCGCUGCUGUUCUACGGCUUCGAGGAGCACAGCGUGUUGCAGAGAGCGGACGGGGAUAUCAGCUUGCUGCCCGCUAUUGUGGAGAAGGUCAUCCUCUCCAAGCUGACGGCGUUGGCAGAGCAAGUGUGGGACCCGCUGUCAAACAGUCAAACAUCCGGGCUGGUGGGCUUCAUCCACCGACUAAUGAAAGGUUAUCCCACUGUGCUGCACGGGGACAACCGAUACACACAGGCGCUUUUAAAAACUAUUGUUUUCCGGACCAGGCGGACUCUGGAUGAAGAUGUCUUCCUUCCACUUUACCCCAAAAGUGUGUUGGAGAACAAGAACAGCGGGCCGUACUUAUUCUACCAGCGGCAGUUCUGGUCCUGUGUAAAGCUACUGGGCAACAUCCUCCAGUGGGAAGGCAUUUUAUCCGGCUCUUGUUUGAAGGACCUGGCACUGGACAGCACCGUGAACAGAUACAUCCUCUCCGCUCUGCAGACCACGGACACCGAAGCAGAGAACAUCCCAAAGUGCCAGAAGGUGGUGGAGUGUCUGCCGGUGCAGUGGUUCUCCGGGCUGAAGGGCCAGCACACGCUGCCUCAGCUGGAGCCGUUCUGCCGCUACCUCACCCACACGGCCAACUCGUUGCACCGCGGCAGCGUGGGCGGGUCUGACGUGGAUCGGCGCACCGCCAAGGACCAGGUCAAAGAGGUCGUGAAGAUGUUGGGCCACAUGAACGCCCUGGACCACAUCCUGGCAGUGGCGGCCGAGCACGGCAUUAAGGACAUGAAGCCUCUCCUGGAAGCCAAGUCGUAGAGGAGGACGACUUCUCAUCCGCCGUGUGCGGCACAUGGAAGCCAUGGGAACACUAACGUUGGACUCCCAGAGAGCGAGAGAACAGCGUGAAUGGAUUUGAAAUAAAACGUGACCGUUGCUACCUUGCCUGCAAAGUAGAAGGCUAAAAAGACCUCGGUGUAAAUAUUGUGAAUAAUGUAUAGAAAGGUGUGCUGGUAUGCUCGACACAAGACCGAUGCUGAAGGAAGGCCUCGGACUGUCGGCUCAGAGAGACCUCUGUCGUUCUCGCUGGCAAUAUUUUAAAUGCAUAAUUUAUUCAGAAUAAACUAUUGUUGAUAUGGGUAACUGACACAUGUUUGGGAAAUGUCUGCUUUCUGAUUGGACACCAUAGUUAACCCGGCUAUCUGUAAAAACAACUUCACCACCAUUAUUUCUCUCACACGCUCGACUUUUAUGUGCCAAAAGAACGUUCUAGACGUCCAGCAGGUAGAUAUGCACCCCGGCAGAGGCGGAGCCAGCUGGCCUCCUGGUACUCUUCAGACUUGAUGUGGGUUUUUCUCGUUCUUUGACCGCCACUUUCACCCCCGGACUUCCCCACGAUGACCACAACCACAGCGGAGAGCUUUGUAUUCAAUUUUGUAAAACAUUUUUGUGUUGGUUUUUUUAUUUGCCUGUGAAUAAAAUAUUCAUUUAAA